AUGGUACACCUCACCGAUGCACUGUCAUGGAUACUCGGAGCCAUAGUCGUACGUAUCGUAUGGCGUAACUGCAUCAGUGUGUAUAUAUCUCCUCUGCGCACCCUCCGCGGCCCUCCAUGCCCUAGUCCGUUCUACGGGCAUGUACGCCAGAUUUUUAGAGCCGGGAACUCCCACAUCACUGUGCAGAUGGUAAAGGAGCAUGGGAGAAAUGUGUUCUGUCGAUGGUUGUUCAUGGUCCCGUGUUUGUGGACAACGGAUCCCCAAGCCAUACGGCAUGUCUUGCAAUCAGGCAUCUAUACCAAGCCUUGGGAGUUCCGAAUACCUGCCGCGCGUGUUGUCGGUAACAGCGUUUUGGUAGCUGAAGGUUUGCGUUUUGACCUUCUUGAAAUAUCUAACACUGAUAUUCAUCACAUUAACCCAGCAUUCGGCCCGGCCCAAAUACGAGAGCUAGUGCAGAUAUUCGUCGAAAAAUCCGCCCAGCUGAGAGACGUUUGGGUAGCCGAAAUUGCUGCACAAGGCGGGUGUGCUCGCGUAGAUGUCGUGAACGACCUGAAGAAGAUGACCCUCGACGUGAUCGGCCUCGCAGGGUUCGGCUACGAACUGAACUCUCUCAGUACGACCGAGAAGCCGAACGAGCUCGCACGGGCGUUUCAUCAUAUCUUCAAUGCUACGCCGCCAGUGUCUAUCUAUCGCAUAACCAUGGAUUUCCUUCCAUUUCUGGAUUUUUUCCCUGAUGAACGCACAAAGACGAUCAGGGAAGCGCACGUCGUCAUGCGCCGCAUCGGAACUGAGCUCGUGCGCGACAAGAAAGCUGCGGUCAUGCGCGAACUGAACGACCAGAACGGCGGUGUGGAGAAGAAAGACGUGCUCGGUCGAGACCUGCUGUCGCUCCUCAUCAAGGCGAACAUGGCGACGAACAUCCCAGAAAACCAGCGCCUUACGGACGAGGAGGUCCUUGCACAAAUACCGACGUUCCUCGUGGCCGGGCACGAAACCACCAGCACGGCAGCAGCAUGGUGCCUCUACGCCCUCGCGCAGAACCCCCGCGCGCAGCAGAAACUCCGCGAGGAACUGCUCAACGCGCAGACGGAGUCCCCAUCCGCAGAUGAGCUCGCGGCGCUCCCGUACCUUGACAACGUCGUGCGCGAGUCGUUGCGACUACACGCCCCCGUCGCCUUCAUGCUGCGCGGGGCGGAGCAGGACAAUGUCAUACCAACUAGUGCGCCGUUCGUCGACCGCAAUGGGAUGACUCAGAAUGGGAUCCGUGUCGGGAAGGGGAACCGCGUCAUCAUGUCCAUCCUCGCGCUGAACCAUUCCACUGAGUUAUGGGGCGACGAUGCGCUCGAAUUUAGACCAGAGCGCUGGGAGAACCCCCCUGCAGACAUCUCGAACAUCCCCGGUGUCUGGGGCCACAUGCUCACGUUCUCCGGCGGUCCGCACGCGUGCAUCGGCUUCCGCUUCUCCGUCGCAGAACUCAAGGCCCUCAUAUUCACGCUUGUGCGCGCACUCACGUUCGAGUUCGCGGCGGACCCGGAGGACGUCACCAGCGUCGGCAUGUUCACACAGCGGCCGGCGUUGCGCAGCGAGGUCAAGAAGGGCGCGCAGCUGCCUUUCUUCAUACGUUCAUACGUCCCCGCCUAA